GAAACUAGAAACUAGAAGGGUCACGUUCCACUAUAGCUUUCUUUAUUCAACUAACCUAUACUUUUCUGUUUCCUUUCUUCUUCUUUUGUAUUCUCUUUCUAUUAUUACACAUCAAAGAGAAUCUCCUUUCUCUACAAAAAUAACUCUGAAACUCUUCUUGUUCUUUGAAAAAAAGUCAAGGAUCAUUUUAUAUAUAUCCUCAGAGAUUGGAUCUUCUAGUGUGGAGCAAUGAGCAGAUGCAAUAAACGUAAUCAACAACCUUCAUAUAUCGCUGAUCACUUCAACAGCUUGGAUCAGGUGAUAACCUCUCUGAGAGAAGCUGGACUUGAAUCUUCAAAUCUGAUUCUAGGAAUUGACUUCACCAAGAGCAAUGAGUGGACAGGAAGAUACUCAUUCAAUAGAAAGAGCCUACACGCCAUUGGUAAAAGACAGAAUCCUUAUGAACAAGCUAUAUCCAUUAUUGGCCGCACUUUGUCUCCCUUUGAUGAAGAUGAUCUUAUACCUUGUUUUGGUUUUGGAGAUGCAACAACAAGAGAUCAGUAUGUGUUCAGCUUUUACCGUGACAACAAAAGCUGCGAGGGAUUGGACAAAGCUGUUAAAAGAUACAGAGAGAUUGUUCCUCAUUUGAAGCUGUCUGGUCCUACCUCGUUCGCCCCGGUUAUUGAUGCGGCCAUAGACAUAGUUGAACAGAACAAUAUGCAAUACCAUGUUCUCGUCAUUAUAGCAGAUGGCCAGGUCACAAGGAAUCCAGAUGUUCCACCUGGUCGGCUUAGUCCACAGGAAGAAGCUACUAUCAACUCCAUAAUGGCAGCUAGCCAUUACCCAUUGUCUAUAGUCUUGGUUGGAGUAGGAGAUGGACCAUGGGACACAAUGAAACAGUUUGAUGACAAUAUCCCUCACCGCGAAUUCGAUAACUUCCAGUUUGUGAACUUCACAGAGAUAAUGUCACAGCACAAAGAUGCAGCUAAGAAGGAGACUGCCUUCGCACUAGCAGCUCUCAUGGAGAUUCCUUUUCAAUACAAAGCCACGUUAAGUCUCGAAAAACAAGUAGGUGGUUCACGUUUGCGUCACAAGCCGCUACCACCACCACCAGAGGUCAUAGAGCGUGACAAUGCUGUUAGAAAAAUGCCGACUCCAGUUACAGAAACUGCAGAGAAAAGUGAGAGAACGUCUUCAGUGACACGACCUGUAUGCCCCAUUUGCUUGACGAACCCAAAGGACAUGGCGUUUAGCUGCGGUCACACGACGUGCAAGGAAUGUGGUGUGGUUGUCAAGACAUGCCCAAUGUGCAGAGAACCUAUAACAACGAGGAUAAGGCUGUACACUUGAUGAGGCAAAGGCCAUAUGGUGUUAAGAACUUAAGCUUCAUGUAGCAUAUUGCACAUUCCAAACAAAAGAAUAAUGAUACCCAAGUCUUUGAUAUGUAAUUUGAUAUAACCUUUAUAUUUAGAGAAUUUAUCUUCAUAUUUAA